UUGGCAAAAAUCAAUAGGCGCAAAUAGAGCGAAAAUUCCUCUAGCCAAUCUUUCUUUUGGGGAACUCCCCUUAAUGGAAAAGUCAGCGUUGGCCAGCAGGAGGCGCCGAUCUAAGUCCCAUUGAUUAUUCUUAGGCGUACAUUUAAUCAAUUUCCAAGCACUAUCAUUGCCUAAAAACCACAGCCAUUUCCUCCUCAAUGUAUCCCCGCUCGCAUAACCCACAUCACCAUCACUUGAAAUGAUCAUCUCUUUUUCCUGCAGCUGUCGAGACUGACCCGAACCGAGCUCCAGAUUGCGACACCACCCAAUGCACGCUUCCCGACUGCUUCUGUUCAGCUGAUGGAACCCGAAUUCCUGGCGCUUUGGAACCCGCCAAUGUGCCCCAGAUGAUCACCAUCACCUUCAACGGCGCUGUUAAUGUGGACAACAUCGAUCUGUACGACGAAGUCUUCAACGGGCAAAGAGCCAACCCGAACGGGUGCCAAAUCAGAGGAACCUUCUUCGUGUCGCACAAGUACACCAACUAUUCAGCUGUGCAGGAGUUGCACAGGAAAGGCCAUGAGAUCGCCGUGUUUUCCUUGACGCACAAAGAGGACCCGAACUAUUGGUCGCAAGGCUCUUAUGAUGAUUGGCUGGCUGAAAUGGCUGGCGCUCGAUUGAUUAUCGAACGGUUUGCCAAUUUGAGUGAUGGUUCCAUUAUUGGGGUGCGAGCUCCGUACCUGCGAGUGGGAGGAAACCGGCAAUUUGAGAUGAUGGCCGAUCAGUUCUUUGUCUACGAUGCCUCCAUUACAGCCUCUUUGGGACGAGUCCCCAUCUGGCCCUACACUUUGUACUUCCGCAUGCCCCACAAAUGUAAUGGAAACGCCCACAAUUGCCCGUCCAGGUCCCAUCCAGUGUGGGAGAUUGUGAUGAACGAGCUGGAUAGGAGGGACGAUCCAACCUUCGAUGAAUCCCUGCCCGGUUGCCACAUGGUGGAUUCCUGCUCCAAUAUCCAGACUGGGGAUCAGUUUGCUCGCCUCCUGCGCCACAACUUCAACCGUCACUUCAACAGCAACCGCGCUCCUUUGGGGCUUCACUUCCACGCCUCCUGGCUGAAGAGCAAGAAGGAGUUCAAGGAGGAACUGAUCAAGUUUAUUGAAGAAAUGCUGGCUCGUAACGAUGUAUACUUCGUAACCAAUCUGCAGGUGGUUCAAUGGAUGCAAAACCCUACUGAACUCAAUGGGCUUCGCGACUUCCAAGAAUGGAAGGAGAAAUGUGAUAUCAAGGGCCAACCUUAUUGCUCUCUCCCCAAUUCUUGCGCCUUAAAUACCAGGGAACUGCCAGGAGAGACUCUCAGGCUGUUCACCUGCAUGGAGUGUCCCAACAACUAUCCCUGGAUCCUGGACCCUACUGGGGACGGAUUUUCAGUUAGGAAAUAGUUAUUUAUUUAAAUCACAAUCUACGAAAAGACUUUUGUAUAUAGUUGUAUGUUAAUUCUCUUCGGUUGGUGAGCGUUUAAAGUGGGUAGCUUGAACGUGUCGCGACAGUUCUUUCAACAUAUUCUCAUGAUUUUCUUGUUGAACAAUAAAUUUUAUUAAUAGGG